UCUCAAAGACAGACUACAGACAGUCUCUGCAGCACUAAGAUAUGGGCUUACUGUGACUGAAACGUGGAGCUUCUCUCUCAAACCUAAAAACAAAAAAAGACUAAAAAGAGAAAGUUAGAUAUAGAGAGGAACUAAGAAAGACAUACAACUUGUCCAGGAAGAUGGAAGACUGACCGUGUCCAAGACCUGGACUUUUUAGUGGUGGGGAAAAAAGAGGAGCAAGGACAAGCCUGAGGAUACUACAGAUUAUGUUGCCAUGGAAACCAAAACCUGGAAGCGGACGCAAGGACCACUGAAGGUGGACAACUUCCCUUGACUGCAUCUUUGACACGUUACUGUCCCGCUGCACACUGUGGUGAGAGAAUGCUGUGGAGAAUAACUAUCCCAGUCAUACUGGCUGGGGUGCUCUGCAUCACAGCAGAGACCAAAAAGCCCCGGCCCCAGGGAUCCAUCCCAUCCCCACACAAGACCAAAGGGAACCUGUCUUCAGAACGUCACCACCGGCUAUUGCAGCAGAAACCAGAGGUUCUAUCCUCAAGUAGGGAGGCCUUGGUAGUCACAGAGCGCCGCUACCUCCGCAGAGACUGGUGCAAGACCCAACCCCUUCGUCAGACAAUCAGUGAGGAGGGCUGUCGCAGCCGCACUGUGGUAAACCGUUUUUGCUAUGGCCAGUGUAACUCCUUCUACAUCCCCCGCCAUAUGGGCCCCAGCUCAGGUCAGGGCCAGAGUCGAGGCCAAGCCUCAGGUUCUGGAAGGAAAAGCCACAACAAGGCCCAGGAGCCAUUCCAGUCGUGCUCCUUCUGCAGGCCACACCGCAUAACACAGCUCACGGUGCAGCUGGACUGCCCAGACCUACAGCCACCUUUCAGACACCGUAAGGUGCAGAGGGUCAAACAGUGUCGCUGCAUGUCUGUGGAUGUGAGCAACCAUGGGAAACUGUGAAGAAGGACUUUAAAGGUAUUUUAAGUGACAUCGUAUGAGUAUUGUCAAAGGCAGAUAUUGACAAACGUUGCCAAACAAGGACUGGCUUCAAGCUGAACUAUUCUGCAUCGAGUUGUACAAAUAAUAACUUGUCCCAUAAUAAAAUGACAAGAAACAUGGAACAAAGGCUCAACAUUGAUUUAAUGAGAGACUAGCAGCCAUGUUGGCAAGCUGAUGCUGCUGAAAGAGACUGAUUCAAGUGGUUGUGCAAGAGACACUGAUGAUUAAGCAGCCAAUAUUCAACAUUAAACAAGUUUUUCAUCCCUGUUAUUUCAAAAUGUUCAUAUCCACCAUAUGCCACAAGACACCUUUGUGAUAAAGGAGUUAAGGAAGUGCCUCUGAGUUUUAUAACUUAAAAUUAUGAACACUGCUGAUAAUUGAGUGUCUUUAAGAAACUAAACUGUAGAAAUAGUGAUCCCUUUAAAAGGUUUCUGUAAUAUGAUAUGUUUUUGUGCAGGUGGAUCUACAGUAAUUACACAGUUUGCCAGCAAUGAUUUUAGGUGUAGGAGAUGUUGAUGGUGUUUUAAAUGUGUUUUGUCUGUUAUUUUGUACCUUUACUUAAUGUCGUUGAUGUCCCAAACCAUACACAAGUUGAUUUCAAGGAACAUGAAGCAACACAGCAAUGAACAGUGGCAUCCACCUGCUUGGACACAGGCAUGGGCUGUAUACUGUACAUUUGCUACAAAUAUACUAGCCAGUAGAAAAAAACAACUGCAGCAUGUGUAAUGGAGGUGCAAUGCAAUAUAUACAGUAUAUAUAUUUUAUGUAUGUAUGUGUGUAUGUAUGUGAAAAGUAUAUUAAA